GAUAAUUGGACAGCACAUCAAGCAUAUACAGCAGUAUCCCAACAAUAUAAACAUCAGUAUAAACCAUUUAGGUAAAUUGAUCAUGAAUGUUGUAUAUAAGAAAUUUUUAAUUUUUUCACACCCAUGGCUAUAAUUUAGAUAAUUUUAAGUAGAGGCCAGUAACAGUUAAGUUGGUUAUAAUAUAAUGAAUGACAUGCAAUUUAUUUAUAAUAAAAUGUUUGGUUUCAUAAUAGGGAUGCAUCAUGCUUAUUAAAAUCAGAAUAUUCAAUAACAGUUGAAGAGUGUGUUAAUGCUUUAUUUAAAGCUAAGUGGUAUGGAUUUUUUGACUUUGAUGAUUUUGAUGUGAAAGAAUAUGAAAGAUAUGAGGUAAAGUAACAUUUAAAAUGUAUUCAAUCACUUUAUUUAUAACUAAAUAUUUGUUUUUAUUUUAUAGACUGUCAACUAUGGAGAUAUUAAUUGGAUUAUACCUGGGACUAUGUUAGCAUUUUCAUCACCACACUCUCGAGAUUUUACUGACAAAUGUAAUAACAUUAUACAUAUUUUAUAAAUAUUUAAUUGUUUUACUAAGUUAAUAAUUAUUAUUUAUUAUUAAAUAUUUACAUUCUUAGCUGGUUACCAGAUACAUUCCCCAGCUUACUAUUAUGAGUACUUUAAAGAAAAUAAUGUCAAACAUGUGGUUCGAUUAAACUGUAAAAAGACAUAUGAUGCUAAACGCACUUUUGUAGCAGUUGCCAAUAUUCAGCAUACAGAUAUGGUUUUCACUGAUGGUACUCCACCACCCAGUGCUAUACUGAAAUCAUUUUUACAUCUCUGUGAACACUAUAAUGUAGAAGUCUUCAAAGGUGAGAGAACAAAUGAUGAACCAAAUCUAAUCAUUACAAAUAAAAGUACUAAUAGUGAAGCUAUAAUAAAUAAAUGUGCUGGUGCUGUGGCUGUACAUUGUAAAGGUAAAAUACUUUAUUGUAUUUUAUAACAUUUAAUCUAUGUGAUUAUUAUUAUAUUUUCAGCGGGAUUGGGUAGAACAGGUUGCUUAGUGGCUUCAUAUAUUAUGCAGCAUUGGACAUUCACAGCAGUUGAGGCUAUAGCAUGGACUCGUAUAUGUCGCCCUGGGUCAGUAAUUGGUAUACAACAACAAUGGCUUAUCAAGUAAGGAUUUUUGAAUAUAAAUUAAGAAGAAAUUAACAAAGAAAAUGAGAGUAAUUUAUUUUGUUAUUAAAUAAUAUUAUGUUAAUAAAAUAAUAAAGUAAAAAAAAAAUUAUUAAAUGUUUAAUACUCAUAAAUAAAUAAAUUUUUAUAAUUUUUUCUCUAUGUAUUUCUUUAUUUAUUUGUUCAUAUUCAGUUGUGGUUUACUUUUGGGUUUUGUAAUUUUAUCUGAUGAUGAAUUUUCUAUUCGGAUACAGUCCUACAAUAAACAUAUCAAUAAUACUUCAUUUAUUUAAUUAUUUAUAUAAAUAUUAUGUUAUUUGUUCUUGUAUCAAUACUAAUUAUUACUUUAUUUUAUAAGACUUAUUUUAAUUGAUAUUUAACAAUACUUCUAAUUAAAACCAUAAUUAUAGUUUUAAACAUAUGAAAUUAUUAAUAAACAAUUUUCUGUUAUAAAUUAAAUAUAAAACUAAUGAAAAACAUCUACUAUAUAUUAAGCUGCAGAUAUAAUAAUUAUAUUUUCAAAUCAGACAACUAUAAGUCUCCUUUUGUGUGGAUGGGUCAUGGGUAUUGUUAAUAUUCAUAGAACAUAUUUCAAAUGUGUAUCCCAUUAAAUAUUUUGUUAUAAUGUAUGCUAUUGGUUUUAUAAAUUGUAUUUAAACAUAAUAUACUUUCAAAUAGUAAACAAGGAUACAUAAAAUCAUUGGGUGAACAAUGGAGAGAGAAAAGAAACCUUCCUUUAAACAAGUAUAAACGAUUCACCUAUGGAGUGUACAGUAUUAAACGGCACACAUCUAAUGCUAUCACGUAUGAGUAUGUUGAUCCACCUUCUCAGUCAUUAGUUGAUAUCGAAGAUCAAUCCUCUUGCAGUAGCAGUGGUGAUAAUGAAAUAAGAUAUGUACAAGAGGUUAGUAAUUAUGUUUUGCAAACUAUAAUAAGUUAAUUUUUAAUUAUUUAUUAACCAUACAAAUUUAAUUACAGCACAACCAAAACAGGCUUUCGACUGUACUAAAACAGAAUAUAAAGACUAAUAAUCAUUCCUUCCAAAGUGAUAUUAGUUUCCCAAAUUUAAAACAAAAACGGUCUGCAUUGAAACCUGAGGAUGUCAAACUCAAGGGUACUCUUUUAACAAUAAAAAAUAGCCGCAGAGCCACAAAUGUAUCCAAUGAAACUAAUAUCAAUAAUAUAGUAAAAAAAAAAAAUACACCGCCAACUACAAUUACAAGAAGUAAUUUAAAGGUUUCAACAGUUGUCAAAAAAAAUACAAAAUCCAUAUCAUUAAAUAACCAAAUCAAUAACAGAUCAACAGGAACAUUUACACAAACAGAAACUGCAUCAAAGUUUGUAUAUAUUUACAAUCAUGGUAAUAUUAUUUACAAUUUAUUUGUAUUUUAAAUUUUAUUAUUAUUAUAAACAAUAUGAUGGAUACUGAUUUUUUAAUUUGUAUCAUUUUGUUUCUAUAGAAUAACAGAUGAAUCACAUCCAUCUUAUACACUAGCUACAGUUGCAUCAACAGCACGGGUGUCUUCUCAGCCACGUAAUCAAAACAAUAUUACCAUUUAAACUAAAUUCACAAUAUUCUUCUUGUUUUUCUUCAUCAUUGCCUUUAUUAUCAAGAUGAGAUCAAUUGCUCUUAUUUUUGCCAGCCACUUCAUUAGUGAUAUUAUUUUUAUUAUUACUGCAGCUAUUCUUUAGGGCUCCACCGGUGUACAAUAUUUGACACAAAAAUAAUAAUAAAAUAAACUCCUGCAAUUCCUCAUAUCAUUUUAUGUAUCUCAGUUAACCAAAUGAACUAACUGAACAACUAAUUCCCCAUUCAUGUGACCAAUGAUAUUAAAAAAAAAAAAAAAACUAUUUACCAUCAAUAAUAAAAACCUCAUAUCAGCCACUAUUUAAGGGUUGAAUGUCAAAAUCCCACUGCUAAACAAAUAAUUCCUUAAAUUAAUGUAUAAGAUAUGAAGAAUGUAGAUAUGUUUUUUUUAUCAAAAUUGUUUGUAAAUUUAUAACAAUUUAUAACAAUUUAUUAUUUAUUUCGUUAUUAUUAUUAUUUGUAUUCUGUUAAAGCAUUUAUUUUAGUUUAACAGUUUUAAUAGUCAAAUAGAUAUUUAUUUUAAUUUAAUUGAAUUUAAACAAAAUUUAAUGAGAUGUAAUUAAUGUAAUAAGAAACCAGUAGGUAGGUAUCUGUUAUAGUUAACAAAACUAAAAUCAAAUAACUUCUUAUUUUGCCUAUCUGUUUUCAUUGUUUUUAAUUUUUGUAAACUACCUAUGUUCUCUACCAAAAUAUUGCUCCAAUAGAAAAAAGACAAAAAGAAAAAAUAGAAGAAACAGACCUUUUUUUAUUGCAUUCCGGAUCUAGUUGGUGACUUUCUUUGAAGUUCUUUAAAUAAAGAAAAUUAAACAGGAAAAUGUAUGAAAAUAAUUCUGUUAUUAUUAUAAAAUUUGGUUUAUUUAAUAUAAUUCAGUUGAAAAUAUUCGUAGAAACUUGAAAUUUGGUCAGAAAACUUAUAUUUUUGAGCUAUUUAUAGACGUUUUAAUUUUGCAAGAUUUUUACACAAUUUUUAUUCAGUAGGAACUCUAUGAAUAAAAUUAUUAAACCAAACAGAAAUGCUUGAAAAUUUAUCAGGUGGUUCAUUAUAUUCAUAUCUUAAUUUUUGUUAAAAGAAAAAAUUGGUUAUUGUGGCCUUUUAAAACUUGUAUUAACAAGUAUAAAUUCCCCUUUAUAUCCUGCCUUCCCUACUUCCACCUAUAACAGUGGCCUACCCAUAGUGUGAAGUAUGUCCUUUUUUAAACAUUUUUUUACUGUAAACCAGCCAUUUUAAAUUGAUUAAAAAUACUUUUAAGAAUAUAUACUAUUUACCCAGUCUUGUAAAGUAUUUAAAUUAAAUUUUAAAUUUUAUUUUAACACAUUUAAACAUUUUAUUUUUGAAUAGGUUUUCUGAAUACAAAAUAAUAGUAUUCGUUACAAGACUGUGUAUACCUAACCAACCAAGGAAAUUGCUAGUUAAUAAUAAAAAAAAAAUUACUCUAUAAUCAAAACUUGUGUAGUACCAGUUAUAUGAUGUUAAUGGUGUUAAAUGUUAGAUUUUUGUUAUUGUAAUAUUUAGUUAAUCUAAGUGAAUUUGUUAUAAAUUUUGUUGUUCUAAUAUGUUUGCCUUAACAACGAUAGUAGUAAAAAAAAAAAAAAAACACUAAAAAGCAGCUAUGAUAUUAAUUUAAAUAUAUGUAAGCUAUUAAUUUAUUAAAUGUUAUAUUAUGCACUUGUAUACUAAUCAUAGAAUGAUUAAGUGUAACUAUUAUAUCAAUGUAUUUGUAAAGUGUGGUAGAUAUUUUAAUUAUAUAAAUCUUACCAUAAGCAUAAUUAUUCUAUCUGGAAACUAAUGUAACCAAAAGAAACCAACAACCUCAAUCAUCAAUAAAGUAAAAAAUUCUGCCAAGACUGAUUAAUUUUAUUACAAGAAGUAAUUAACAAUAAGAGGUUGCAAUAUUUUAACAAUUUAAAUAACUGCCCACUACUAGCAAACAAUGUUGGAAAAAAUUAUUAAAAAUGUCUAUUAUAGUUU